CAGUUGACAGUUGAAGCUCUGGUGGCUGAUACUAUAGUCUUGCCUUGGAAGAGCGAGCUAGUGUGCUUUGCAGCUAGUGCUAUACUUCCAGCGAUUUAUCUUGUUGUUCAGAGCACAAUAAAAUCUGUGAUUUUCCUGAAUUUUUUUUUAUUUUAUUUUUUUCUAUUUGGUGGAUUUAUUGGACAUCUGGAGAUGAGCCGGAGAACGGAGCUGAGACGGCUCCUGGAGGAUCAGAGGAGGUGGAGCCGUCACGGAGAUCAUGAUGAUUCAACCCAGACCGUAUUUGAGGAGAGACUGCGGUCUGAGCGCCGAGGAGGUGAAAGGAGAGCUCGUCAGGACACCCAGGAACAUCUGCAGAGACCUCAGAGGGAGCAGAGACACCGAAGCCGUUCUCCUCUUCCUGCUCCUGAGAUGGCACCAACAGACGGACCAAGUCCAGAUCCUCUCCCUGGUCCAAGUCAUCUACAGCCAACGUCUCAGCAGCCAUCGGAGAAUAGGCAGAAUCUCUCGGACAUGGUGCACGAGAUCGUCAUGCAGAUGAGGACAGCCGCUGAGGGAGCUGACAAUGAGCAGAAUAUCCCGGCCAUUUUGGAAGAGAUCAUCGAACAGAACAGGCCAGCUGUGGUGGAAGAGAUGCACAGGCAGAAUGUCCAGGCCCUGCAGCUAAGGAUCAGAUUUUUCCAAUCUACCAUCAUUGCUGGGGAUGAAGCGACACAGUCAAGUGCCAUCUGUCUGAUGCAGUACCAAGAUGGGGAGCGAGUGUCUACCCUGCCCUGCAGCCACAAGUACCAUCCAAGCUGCAUCUCACAGUGGUUUGCAACACAUUCCAGCUGUCCCCUGUGCCGCAGAGAGUGCAUCCCAGCGCAGAUUGAGUGUUGGAUCUCCUGAAUACGGUAAGAGGAAGAUCUAAAUUACCACCUUCUCUAGAUUCCAUACCACCUCCUCCACUCUACUUUGGGCCUACUGCCCACACUGCUCACCGGGCCUAGUGCUCGCCUAUUGUGCCAUUCUAUUGGGUCUAAUGCCCCUUUUAUAUUGACCGGCCUAGUGCCUGCCUAAUGAUUCCCAGGCCUAGUGCCUGCUAUGCCCACGGGCCUAGUGCCCGAACCCUGGUGGUCUAGGGUGGGGCCGUCUGGAUUUACCCAUCCUAAGGGCGGUGGCUGGACCAAGCUUGGUCCAGACCCGCCUACCGCUUGGUCUUGCUCCCACCACCUUCGGCCUUCCUGGAAUCUUCACCUGGGCAGUGUUGGCCAGUAAAAGCUAUUUUACGUCGCACACCACUGUCCCAGGACUUCGACGGUUUCACCACAUCUGCGGCAUUGCGCCGACUUAUCCAUCCUGCGGCCUAGCACCGGAUGAAGCGAUAUCACAGCUUAGCACCGACUUACAACACCUAUAGCCUAGCGCCGACUUAUCCAAUCUGCGGCCUAGCGCAGGAUCAAGAGAUACUACGGCCUAGUGCCGACUUACCACACCUGCGGGUAAUCGCACAAUGUAAGACUACUGGGCAUUGUGCCCUUGCCUAUACCAACCUUGUCGUCCACAUAGUAGCUUUGGGCUUACCGCCCACUGUGCCCUGGCCAAUUGUUGCCUAUCUGUGGGACUUUGCUGCCAUGGGCGUGUUGCCCGCCUACCUGAAAUGAUCCAAAUGCUUUGGGCCUAUUGCUCACCUACCUGAGCCUCUUACAAUAGCUUUGGGCCUUAUGACCACGGGACCCCGACCUAUUGCUGCCGUUAGGGGCUAAAGAUUCUAUCCAUGGGCCUAGUGUCCAUGUAGUGUGCACCUCCAUUGGGCCUUCUGCCCACACUGCUCACCGGGUCUAGUGCUCACCUAUACUGCCAUUCUAUUGGGCCUAAUGCCCCUGUAUGUCACCCGGGCCUAGUGCCCGCGUAAUGAAUCCCAGGCCUUGUGCCUGCUAUGUCCACGGGCCUAGUGCCCGAACCCUGUUGGUCUAGGGUGGGACCGUCUGGAUUUACUCAUCCUAAUGGCUGUGGCUGGAUGAAGCUUGGUCCAGACCCGCCCAAUGCGUGGUCUACGCCGGAGGCGGGAUGUCUCCUACCACCUCCGGGCUUCCUGGAGUCUUCACCUGGGCAGUUGUGGUCAGUAAAAGCUCUUUUCCAUCGCACACUACUGUCCCAGGGUUUCGACGUCUUAUCCACAUCUGCGGCAUAGCGCCGACUUAUCCAACCUGCGGCCUAGUGCCGGAUGAAGAGAUACCACAGCUUAGCGUUGACUUACCGCAUUUGUAGACUAGCGCCAACUUAUCCAACCUGCGGUCUAGCGCAGGAUCAAGUGAUACUACGGCCUAGUGCCAAUUUACCACACCUGCGGUUAAUCGCACAAUGUAAGACUACUAGGCCUUGUGCCCUUGCCUAUACCAACCUUGUCAUCCACACAAUAGCUUUGGGCUUACCGCCCACUGUGCCUCAGCCUAUUGUUGUGUAUCUGGGGGACUUUGCUGCCAUGGGCCUGUUGCCCGCCUACUUAAUAUGAUCCAAAUGUUUUAGGCCUAUUGCCCACCUACCUGAGCUUUGUGCCUAAUGACCACGGGGACCAGACCUAUUGCUUCUGUUGAGAGAUAAAUCUUCUAUCCACGGGCCUAGUGCCCGCCUAAUGUGCAAGUCUAUUGGGCCUACUGCCCACACUGCUCCUCAGGCCUAGUGACCAUUUAUUGUGCCAUUCUAUUGGGCCUUAUGCCCCUUUAUGUCCACCGGGCCUAGUGCGCACCUAAUGCGACUCAGGCCUAGUGCCUGCUAUGCCCACGGGCCUAGUCUCAAACUCUGGUGGUCUAGGGUGGGAACGUCUGGAUUUAUCCAUCCUAAGGGCUGUGGUUGGACCAAGCUUGGUCCAGACCCGUCCUCCGCGUGGUCUUGCUCCCACCACCUUCGGCCUUCCUGGAAUCUUCACCUGGGCAGUGUUGGCCAGUAAAAGCUAUUUUACGUCGCACACCACUGUCCCAGUACUUCGACGGUUUCACCACAUCUGCGGCAUUGCGCCGACUUAUCCAUCUUGCGGCCUAGCACCGGAUGAAGCGAUAUCACAGCUUAGCACCGACUUACAACACCUAUAGCCUAGCGCCGACUUAUCCAAUCUGCGGCCUAGCGCAGGAUCAAGAGAUACUACGGCCUAGUGCCGACUUACCACACCUGCGGUUAAUCGCACAAUGUAAGACUACUGGGCAUUGUGCCCUUGCCUAUACCAACCUUGUCGUCCACAUAGUAGCUUUGAGCUUACCGCCCACUGUGCCCUGGCCAAUUGUUGCCUAUAUGUGGGACUUUGCUGCCAUGGGCGUGUUGCCCGCCUACCUGAAAUGAUCCAAAUGCUUUGGGCCUAUUGCUCACCUACCUGAGCCUCUUACAAUAGCUUUGGGCCUUAUGACCACGGGACCCCAACCUAUUGCUGCCGUUAGGGGCUAAAGAGUCUAUCCAUGGGCCUAGUGUCCAUGUAGUGUGCAGCUCUAUUGGGCCUUCUGCCCACACUGCUCACCGGGCCUAGUGCUCGCCUAUACUGCCAUUCUAUUGGGCCUAAUGCCCCUGUAUGUCACCCGGGCCUAGUGCCCGCGUAAUGAAUCCCAGGCCUUGUGCCUGCUAUGUCCACGGGCCUAGUGCCCGAACCCUGUUGGUCUAGGGUGGGACCGUCUGGAUUUACUCAUCCUAAUGGCUGUGGCUGGAUGAAGCUUGGUCCAGACCCACCCAACACGUGGUCUUCGCCGGAGGCGGGAUGUUUCCUACCACCUCCGGGCUUCCUGGAGUCUUCACCUGGGCAGUGGUGGUCAGUAAAAGCUCUUUUCCAUCGCACACUACUGUCCCAGGGUUUCGACGUCUUAUCCACAUCUGCGGCGUAGCGCCGACUUAUCCAACCUGCGGCCUAGCGCCGGAUGAAGAGAUACCACAGCUUAGCGUUGACUUACCACAUUUGUAGACUAGCGCCGACUUAUCCAACCUGCGGUCUAGCGCAGGAUCAAGUGAUACUACGGCCUAGUGCCGAUUUACCACACCUGCGAUUAAUCGCACAAUGUAAGACUACUAGGCCUUGUGCCCUUGCCUAUACCAACCUUGUCAUCCACACAAUAGCUUUGUGGUUACCACCCACUGUGCCUAAGCCUAUUGUUGUGUAUCUGGGGGACUUUGCUGCCAUGGGCCUGUUGCCCGCCUACUUAAUAUGAUCCAAAUGUUUUGGGCCUAUUGCCCACCUACCUGAGCUUUGUGCCUAAUGACCACGGGGACCAGACCUAUUGCUUCUGUUGAGAGAUAAAUCUUCUAUCCAUGGGCCUAGUGCCCGCCUAAUGUGCAAGUCUAUUGGGCCUACUGCCCACACUGCUCCUCGGGCCUAGUGCCCACUUAUUGUGCCAUUCUAUUGGGCCUUAUGCCCCUUUAUGUACACCGGGCCUAGUGCGCGCCUAAUGCGACCCAGGCCUAGUGCCUGCUAUGCCCACGGGCCUAGUCUCAAACUCUGGUGGUCUAGGGUGGGAACGUCUGGAUUUAUCCAUCCUAAGGGCUGUGGUUGGACCAAGCUUGGUCCAGACCCGUCCUCCACGUGGUCUUCGCCAGAGGCGGGAUGGCUCCCACCACCUCCGGGCUUCCUGGAGUCUUCACCUUGACAGUGGUGGCCAGUAAAAGCUCUUUUCUGUCACACACCGCUGUCCCAGGGCUUCCGACGUCUUCACCGACGGAUCUUUGAGCUUCACCCGGCGGGCGGCGGUGUGUAACAGCUCUUUCACAACUGCCACCACCCUCCAGGACUUCCGGCGCCUUUCCCUGCGUCUUAUAUCUUCAAUCUACGGGAGCUCUUCACUGCUUCCUCCCGGCUGACAUACUGCUCACCCGUGCCCGGCGCUGGCUGAAAUAAGCCAGUGCCAGGAGGCGGGGCUAUGAUGUAGCGAGUCAGGAUUGACUUGCCGCCGCCACUCGAUGCAGGUACGCCGCCAUUACACACGUGGAGCGGAAGUGGUUAUUCACCAACGCCUCCAUGGCCGCUGCUGAACUCUGCAGCCAGCUGGGCAGGUGGGGACUGGACCAGACACGGCCCAAGUCCCCAGCGCUGCCUGGUUCCACUGCCGGAUCCUUCCCCAUAGGACGUCACCAGGAUCCCUCUUGAUCCCAGCCCGUCCCAGGAAAGGAAGAACAGAGCACAUAGUAGCAGGUCCAGUGACUGCGCUAGUACACUGGGCAUUGCUACACAUGUGCAGUACAGGUCCAUGACAUUGGUCAUACUACGGUAUUAGAUUAUCAGUGAUUGACAGUCUGAUUCCGCUUGAUGGGUGGGGAGGGGUGGCAACAGCCUGUUUCUCAAAAUGGAUUUGUGUCGCCAAUGUUUUUAGGGAGGGACUAGGCCAGGAUUAUCCGCCUGAGGUUGUAGAUUUCAUGGCUCCUUCAUAGUAGAUGCGGUGGCUGACUUGCGCGACUCCUUGGGUCACUCAGCCGGCCGAUAGUGUUGCAGAAGAUCUGAUACUACCUCCUAGGAAGCAGCUCGGAUCAGUAAUGCACGCAGGAGGCAUGACGCAUCCUGCUGUAUUACCAUAUUAGUGCUACCACUGCUGCUUUUGUAUAAGCAGCAGAUAUAGUUCCUCCGUCCACAUCUGAAUCAGGCCCACUGUGCUCCUACUGGCCAGUGGCCAUCUUAUGUGUGGCACUGGGGGAAUCCUUUGCAUACCCCACAGCCGUCCUGCUUUGGAUAGGAUAGUCCCGCUUUUCGGGAACUGUCAGGCUGUCCCAUCCGCGGGGAGCAAUGUCCCGGGGUAAGGGGGGGAGUUAGGGGGAGCACUCUAACCCGUGCUCUGCAUAGCAUACAUGCCAAGUGCAAGGAAUCUACCAGAGCCUGAUUCAGGAGGCGUCUUAUGAAAAUAGACAUCACCUGAUGGCUUCUCUGAUCUGCUGCUGUUCUGAGCAUUGUACCACCUGUGUUAGCAUUGGUCAUCUGAGUAACCCUCAGGCCUUGACGCACCAAGAAAACGGGUCCGACAUCAGUGGCGGAACUUGAGUGUGUUGGGCUCAGGUUCAAAAAUAUGCUCUGGGCCCCCCUUCUCCGUCAUACGGGGGUUUUCGCAUCGGCGAUGUCAUUUAUAGCUUCAGCUUUUGCUCCCCUUGUAGUGGCUAUGGCCCCUGAUUCUGCAGGGCCCUUGACCAUGGUUCAGGGCCGGGGUCUUAUUUCCGUCCCAUCCAGACCGGCGAUGCAGCAGUUUUUGCAGGCAUGUCAGGACAUGGGAGCGGCUGUUGUCCAACUGGGUAUGAGCGCACCUGCAACAGUAGAGUAUACUAGGACGCCCGCUAUGGUUUCUACUCCCCUUUUGCCCACCUCAGUAGCUUCAUCUUCGUGGGGCGGCUUUAACUCCUUUUUCAGAGUUUGAUGAAGAGCUGAGAGAAGAUGAAGCUGUUUCCUCGGCGGAGGCGUUGGUGACUGGUCAAACAGAGACUUCAGGUGAGGCAGAACCAGAUUAAGGGGGGCCAGGGGAUAUGUUACCCUGGGCCCCAUCGCCUCUUAGGGGCCCCCCAUGAUGGUCCAAUUUUGUCUUUCAGAGAUGGAGACAGCAACUUUGUCUACAUCUCUGCAGCGGCCGGGGCCACCCGCAGUCACAAUCAGAGUGCCUGCCUGGUUGGCCCUCACAGAGAGCUCUGAUCGGCAGAGCUCUCUGCAUUGGAUACAUUACACCCACACAGCUGAGGCCGGGAGCUACUGAGCAUGUGCAGCAGCAGAUCAGCUCACAUGGACUCCAGCAGUGACUCUCCUCCUCCUCCUCUUCCUGUUUUGGUUAAUUUUGUAUGUGUAUGCGUGUGUUUUGUAGGUAUGAUGUGUAUGUAUGUAUGCUGUGUGUGUGUGUAGGUAUGCUGUGUAUGUAUGCUGUAUGUGUAUGUAUGUGUGUAUGCUAUGUGUGUUUGUUUGUAUGUAUGUAUGUAUGCUGUCUGUGUGUGGGUAUGCUGUUUGUAUGUAUGUAUGUAUGUAUGAAUACAUGCUGUGUGUAUGUAUGCAUGAUGGGUGUGUGUAGGUAUGCUAUACAUGUAUGUAUGUAUGUAUGUAUGAUGUGUGUGUUAUGUGUAUGCUGUGUGUAUAUAAGCAUGCUAUGUGUGUUUGUAGGAAUGCUGUCUGUGUGUGUGUGUGUGUGUGUGUGUGUGUGUGUGUGUGUGUGUGUGUGUGUGCAUGUAUGUAUGUUUUGUGUAUGUAUGCAUAUGUGUGUUUGUAUAUAUGCUGUAUGUGUUGUGUGUAUGAACGUAUGUGUGUAUGCAUUCUAUGUGUGUAGGUAUGCUGUGUGAAUGUAUAUAUGUAUAUAUGCUGUGUGCGUGGGGAUUCCGAAUGUCAUUAUGCUGACAUCGGCAUCCCUAGCGGUGGAAUGCCGGCAGGGGGCGAGCACAACUUAGCCCCAUGCGGGCUCGGUGGCGAGUUACGCUCACCACAGGUUUUAUUCUCUCUCUAUGGGUGUCAUGGACACUCAGAGGGGGAAUCACCUACCUCGCCGGUAUACCGGCGGCGGCAUGGUGCCCCCGUUGGGAUCUCAGCGUCUGUAUUGUGACUGCCGGGAUCCCGACUGUCGGUAUGCUAACUGGGGAUUCAGAGGAUGAUGGCUCUGGCUCUGCUACUAGCGCGGUCAGGGCAUGGACGCGUGCUGCUAAGGGGGUAUUCAAUUUAUUCAAUUACGUGCCUUUUUUUGACCAGUCAAAAAAAUGGCACUAAUUCGAAACAGGGCAUUCAGUCGCGGGCUUUUCACACGUUUUUUAAUCCAUUUUCGCCCAUGCCAUUUCACUUUUUUUUGUUGAAAUCGGCAUUGGCAAAAAUUGCACCAAAAAUAAACGAAAACACCUGCGAAUUUGCCAAAACACGUGUAUCUGCCCCCACUAAGUAUGCUAGGCAAGAGGUGGUUAGGCACGAUUGGCUAUGCUCUGGCGACUUUAGAUAGUUUGCGCAGGCCUUAGCAGCGUUUAGGCGCAUGCAGGAAUUGUUGCGCUGUUUGUUGCGUGUUGCGCUGUCUUGUACGUCUCCCCCUGUCCUCCAUACUCGGGGAUUAGCUACUCGCCACUGUUGGCAGUGGGAGUUUAGAGGGAUAUAACCAUUUUUUACCUGGACUGACGGACUUAUUUCGGCUUAAUUAUACUUGAUUUGGCUAAUUGGAUUUCAAUUAUGUGUCCCUCAGCAGGUUUUAAGUUUUACCUCUGACCGAGUUUACUUGUGUGACCCCCCCCCCCCCCCCCCCUUUAUUUGUUUUACCUAUCCUAUUGUAUCUAUAUGUUGCUUCGAUUGGCCUGAAGCUCGUUUACAUUAAAUUUCCAUGAAUUUUUUUUUUCUUUUUGGCAGAUCGCCUGGGUGAUAGGCACAAGGGUUGCAUAGCUGGCCGCGCAUGUUUUCUGCUCAGCUAGGUUUAUGGCUUUAAAAUUAAUGUAUGGCGUAAACUUAAUUUCUCUUUUAUUUAACGUUUAAAGCUCAUUUAAAUAAAUUGCUAACAGUU